UUGUCAUCUCAUUAGAAUGGGAGUCUGGUAUCCUUCAAAACUUCCACAGGUCCUUGUUGGCAUGAAUGGUGGUUAAACCUGAACUUAUCUUCCAAUUGGAGCAAAACUGACAGGGCAGCUGUGCACUUGUAGCUGGAAAGUUCCAGAGGACAUUUGCUGAGUGCCGCUGCAGCUGUCAUGACUGCUGGCUUCAUGAUUUCAAGAAUAUUGAUGCUUUGCCUAAUAAAGGAAAUUACUUGUGCCUCUACUUUGCCAGAAGCCAAUACUGGGUACACAGCAUGGCAAGAUGGAGGACGGAAACAGGAAAUACUUGGUUACCGUCGCCCUCUGCAUUAUGUGCGUUCUCUGAGGCGGCUGAAGAAUAAUCUGAUCAACACAAGACAAAACCCUCAAAGGAGUGGUGUGAGGGAUUUGACCCCUGGCCAGACUUUUAGGGAAACUCCACGUCAUCUUUGGCCACAGAGCCUGCCAGUCCAACCUGGACCACAAAGAAACUACCCUUUAGUUCAACCUCGAGGCUUCAGGGUCAGCUUGGAUCUCCCUUUUUAUAAACUUGAUCAAAUGAAAGAAACUGACUCUCCCACAAAAGCUCACCCCAAACUCCAAAGUACUCCAGCUUCAUCUUUAAAUCCAAUAAAAGCCAUUGGCAAGUUUGUUGAAAACAAAAGCCCAGGAAAUAUCUUUCAGACCAGUUAUGGAGAUCUAGGGAAAAGGUUGAGUUCCAUUCAUACUGAAUUAAAAUCCCCCACCAUCAGCCAGAAAGCAGGUGAACAAACCAGAAAGCAACUGGGCUCAACAUGGUCUAACUAUCCUGCUGCUGGACCCAAGCAAACUCUGCAGCAGCCAGGUGGGUCAACUUGCACCCAACCUACUGAUGGCAAACUGACCUCUUCAAGAUGGCAAUUAAUUUCCCCACAAAGAAACUAUAAUCCCACAGCCAGGCAGAGUUUGGCAGCCCAAAAAAUGGAUUCAACCAAACCGCUAUCUUUGUCUUUUGCCAAGUAUCUUGAACGUUUGGGUCUCAACAAAGCCCAAACAAGCCACACGAGAGAAGACGUAGUUCAGCCUUAUUCAAAACAAAAGCUAAAUUUGUCUCUUCUGCAAUAUAACAGAGGAUCCCAAGAUAACAAAUAUGUUGGUGAUGGUUCUCAAAGUGUUGGACUGCCCCAAAACGGUUAUAGUACUUCUGUUGCUAACAUCAAAGAUUUCACAAGCGAUCAAAAAGGUGAAAAGGAACAAGAUUCUGCAGUUCCCACCCUACAACUAGAGUUUUCUUUCCCAGUUAAAACGUUGUCAAACCUCACUAAAGGUGGUGGGUACUUGACUAUCAGACCCCAAAUUAAGUCUCUUUUGACUCGUUACAUGGAGGCAAAAAAACUACAAUCACCUGAGAGUAAAUUUAAAAAGUCAGUUUUAGGCUUUGAUGAUGUUGGGUACCACAGAACGACUGGGCUUCCUGAAAUGAAACGGCCAACCCUAAAUCUUGAACCAAAACAGAAGCAGCCACCUCCGUAUGAGCCCGUUACUGUCAAACCUACAGUCAACAAACCAAGCUUUUCAUCCUGGUUUCUAAGAGAUUCAGAGAUUGGAAAGCCUCGUUUUCCAGUCCUGGCACUUUCAAAAUAUCUUAUUGAUGCUACACGACCCUUAAACGGCAAAUAUCAAACCAUCCAGCCAAAACCACUGCAAUCUGAAAGGCUUCAAAGUUUCUACAGUUCUCUGAAGCCCAGCAUCAACAGCUAUGUGGAAAGUCAGCCUAGACCUUCAGCCAGCCAAUUUGCUUCUACCCAUAAUAAUCCCUUAAAACCAUACAGUGAUCUCCAGAUGAAUGCUGAGAUUGUUUCAGGUCCACAGCACGGCCUGCUCACUUAUGGCAGUUCAUCAUUUAAUUCUCCCAUGUUGGAAGUUGUUCCUGCAAAAAGGCCACAAACGUGGCAGAAACCAAUUUCUCCCCUCAAUCUUCACGAGUACAACAGUGGAAAAGAACCUUCUUAUACUUUUGAAGAUGUAAUUGGUCUGCACAGUAGGCCAAGUGGAUAUAAAGUUCAAAAGAAACUUCCUGAGCAAGACAACAGUGGACAUUUCCAAGAGGGAAUAGAUUACUAUGUAAAACUCUUUGACACUAAUGGAGGAGGUUUUGUCUCUGGGCAGACGUACCUGACUGGGAACACUGCGGGAACAUCCUUUAAUGUACAACCCCCAUGUGAAUCUUCAUUCUCUAGGCUUGGCCAAGAUGGGUCUUUUUCAGACCUUCGCUACCCUUACCUAAAUGCAGAAUCUCAGCCUUGCAGUCAAGUACCUUGCAUCGACGGUGAAUGUGUUAAUGAACCUAAUAAACGGAACACAAAUUUUCCACAAAGGAUUGGUUACUCACCAAAGGCAGAGACAACUUCUAUUUCUAUUCCUUUCAGUACUUUUGAACGCAUUUUUACUCAAUCAAGCUACCAGCCUGCUCAAAAUCGCUAUAAGCUCCAGCAAUACCCUGUUGGACAAGAACAGCCUUGAAGAUCUAUGCAAGUUAUGAUGAUGCACUCGGGUCAUGAACAUGUUGAACUUUGGCUUAAAUUGUGCAGUCUGCUCAUUCGUUUUCCUUCUGCUCAUUUAAAUAUUUAAUAAAAUGUCUGCUUCAAAAUGUGAACUGUUCCAGGUAUCAUCACUAAUUAGUUCCCACCAGCUCAAUGGUCACUGUUUUAAGGUUCGCUGAAUCUAAUCCUGCACAUUUUCAUUAAUUUUGCCAUCAGAUUCUGCUGUGACCCUGGUUCAACAGGGAGUAUUGUUUAAUGGCCCUGUCAACCUACAGCAGUUGCACUUCAUGGCUCUGGUUUAGUAAAAUGCAUGUGAGAAACCAAAGACUUUUGCUGGCUUAAAAAUAAACCAAAGACUCUCCAAAGAAUGAUGUAGGGAAGUGCUGCUUACAUUUCUGAACCUCAAUGUAAUUUGAAUCUCAUGUCUAAUGAUGACUCUCUUCCAGGCAAUGCAGGUCAACCUGAAGUGCAAGGAACAGGAUCUAAGGUUGCCCUUUGUCAAAUAAAAUUUCAAAACCUAC